AUGUCGUUUGAGGAGUUUAAGCCACUAAACGAGAAGUCUCUCGUAGAUUACAUAAAGGCAACACCUGCUCUCUCCUCCAGGAUCGGAGACAAGUACGAGGAAUUGGUUAUCAAGGAAGUUGGAGAUGGCAAUCUCAAUGUGUCUUUGUUUCAGCUAAAACUCUGUUUCAGAUCUUCUCUUAGAAGUUUGAAAGUGCUGAAGACGCCUGUGAUGAAGCAAGCCUGA